AGACUCAGACCAAAGCGCAAGAACCUGACCGUCGGCCAGAUUUGAACCCAAAAGGGUGUAUUUCCACUGCCCCGACGGCAACUUGACUGUCAUGACCAAAAGCGCAUCUAAUGCAGAUAUCUGACGACCCGCAGAGGGGAGAACAUUUAUCAGGAGACGGAGAAAUUAUUUUACAAGUGCCUUGAUAGUAAAUGUUAAAUGCAAUCUAUAGAGCAUCAGAUUGUGACCACUCUAGGACCGUGUCACGCAUAGUUUAACGGGUUAUUCUCUCGCUAAUCUGUGGAGGUGGGCCGUGCCCCCAGUCGACUGCGCGUGUUUAGUCGGGAUUUCACUCAGGUCAGGAUCGGUUGAUGCUGCAGACAUAUACGGCUACAUCUUAGUAUAUUUAACAAGAUGAACGAGUUGUUUUCGUUCCUAAUUGAGUUUCACCAUCUCUCUUUUCGGCUGUCAUAGCCAUUUAAGGGACAGCACCAGCCUAGCGUGGGAUUUCAUUUCUUCUGCGGCUGUGGACUUCGUCGCUCGGCUUGGCAGAAACAUCCAGCUCAGGUUCACAUACUGUCUGGUUAACAGGUUGUGAUGUUGCUGUAGGUACAGACAACGGGAGUACAUGCUAAUGAAAUUGAUCUGCUCAGUGAGCGCCAACCAGAGCAGCCCAGCCCAUGACUACCCAGACUGCCGUGUGGGUGGCGGGGAGGCCAGUCUGCUGGUGUCUCCUCUGGUGGUGGCGGGCAUCGUCAUCGGCCUGGUCCUCCUCCUAUCCUGUGUCACCAUCAUUGUGGGCAGCCUGCGCAAGGACAGCCGUCUGCACAACCCACACCUGCGUGCCAGCUACGCCCCUGACGGUCUCUCCUACGGGGGCUCUCUUGGGGACCUGAGGUCCACCUGCAUGGAUGAGUUUCCUCCUGCCUUCGACUUUGACUCCUACACAGAGAGCCUGUCUCAGAGUCACACCCUGUACCCUGAUUCUCCUCCUCACUAUGAGGAGUGUGUGGGGCCCGGAGCCACACAGAUCUAUGUUCCCACAGAUGAUCCCCCUCCCUACUCGCUGACGGACCCCUGUCAGCAGCACCAGGAGACCCCCUACAGAAGCCUGGAGACAUCUGCUUCAGCUUCCUGGUUAGCUCCCAGCACUGCCUCACAUUACCCAAUCAGACUUCAGGAUCUCAGGCGGCAGCCAAUCGCCUCCAUCUCCCUUUCAACCCUCCCCCAAGAGGAUGCACCCCCUUACGAGGCAGUGGUGCAUGAACAGCACCAACCCCUUCCCUUGAUGCCACUGGACGUGCUCAAAUACCAAUCAGAAAACAGCCUCCCGCCACAACCAGAUCAGCACAGGAUUCUGUAA